UUUUUUCCCUUAUGUGUUAAAUUGUUGAGAUAAAAACAAAAUCUCCCAUUCUAAAGCCUGAGGAGGUGUUUGAUAUCGAUCCCACACCUCUUCAGAACAAACCUUCGUUCUUCAAAAACAAAAAAGAGAGAAAAAUCACAAAUUAAAAAAAAAAAAGAAUAAGAGAAAUAAAAAACAUCGAUGGCGUCAUACGACAGCCUGAGCGACAAGAACGCUGUUUUCAGAAAGCUGAAAGCAAAAUCAGAGAACAAGAUGUGUUUCGAUUGUAAUGCCAAGAAUCCGACAUGGGCAUCGGUGACCUAUGGUAUCUUUCUCUGCAUCGAUUGCUCAGCCAUUCAUCGGAGUCUUGGUGUCCACAUCAGCUUUGUCAGGUCUACAAAUUUAGACUCAUGGUCUCCUGAACAAUUGAAAAUGAUGAUCUAUGGAGGAAACAACCGUGCACAAGUUUUCUUUAAGCAACAUGGAUGGACUGAUGGAGGCAAAAUUGAGGCCAAAUAUACUUCAAGAGCUGCUGAUUUAUAUAGGCAAAUACUAUCAAAAGAAGUCGCUAAAAGUUUGGCAGAAGAGGCAGGUUUGCCUUCAUCCCCUGUUGCUUCUCAGUCAUCACAGGCACCUAAUGGACUUCUUGAUAGCAAGACUGAUGAAGCUCCUAAAGAAAGUUCUUUAGGCAGGCCAGAAAAACCAGAAGUUUCUGCUGCACCAAAAGCUUCUCAUACAGCUGUUGCCAGCACUAUCAAGAAGCCUCUUGGUGCAAAGAAAACUGGGAAAACGGGGGGGCUUGGUGCCCGAAAGCUUACUACUAAGCCAAGUGAAAAUCUCUAUGAACAGAAGCCUGAAGAACCAGUUGUCCCUGUUGCUUCCUCAACUAAUAAUGCUGCACCGAUUGGCUCAUCUUUUCCAUCUCGUUUUGAGUAUGUAGAAAAUGUUCAAUCUACUGAGUUGAAUUCUGGUGGCCCACAAGUUCUUAGUCAUGUUGCUCCACCAAAGUCAUCAAGCUUCUUUGCAGAAUUUGGAAUGGACAGUGGUUUUCAGAAGAAAUCAAGCUCCAAUUCCUCAAAAGUGCAAAUUGAGGAAACUGAUGAAGCUAGGAGAAAGUUCUCAAAUGCAAAAUCUAUUUCAUCAGCCCAAUUUUUUGGUGAUCAGACCAAAGCAGCUGAUAAUGAUGCUCAAGUAACUUUGCAGAAAUUUUCAGGUUCAAUGGCCAUCUCCAGCGCUGAUCUAUUUGGUCACAGUACAGAUAAUUCUCUUGACCUUAAUGCCAGUGACCUCAUCAACCGAAUCUCUUUCCAGGCACAACAGGAUAUCUCGAACCUUAAGAACAUAGCGGGAGAGACUGGAAAGAAACUCAGCUCCUUUGCAUCCACUUUUAUUACCGAUCUCCAGGACAGAAUCCUCUAAUGAAGUGCUCUGGCCUUAACAAAUAUAUAUAUGAGUUUGUUACAUUACCAGCCAGUAUCUUUUGUAGUGAAUGUAAAGUGAUUUUAUCAUAAAAUUCUUUCUUAGGACAAAUAAUAUUUUGAAAACCUCCAUGUUUAUGGCUGGCUGGUUUUCCUACUUUAUAGUACUGAUGGUGUUCUGGGAUUUUGAUUAUAUGUAAUAUGAGUCUCUUCUUCAUUUAGC